AUGACUGAAAAUACAGGUCUCCGUCGAAUCUUUCCGCCAAACUUUGGACACCCGUGUCAGCCCUUCCACGCCACAACAACGCCACAGCAACGCCACACCAUGGUGUCCAUCAUGGUCUCUUCACUCGGCGACCAAAUGGAGGCCAUGAUCCGUGCCAAGGACAAUGGCAUUCACAAGAGUUUUACGUCCAGCGUCCGUGGCCCACCGACCGAUCCGCAUGGCGGAGUCAUGGUCCGAUUCGGGGGAAGGGACCACCCCAAAAAGCACGCCGUCUCUCAGGCCCUUUGCUCGUUCCGGGGAAGCACGAAUAUCAAGUUCCUGCUGCCUUUCCAAAUCCAAGCGAUUCUGAACAUGGCCUUCCGCCCUUCACACACGUUCGUGGCCAAAACCAUCCUAAGGACCAGCACGUACGGGAGGCAGGAACAGAACCGCACGGAAACUCAAGUAGGGACUAGCGUUCUCAAGUCGUUCGACGACGACAUCGGCAUGAUGGCCAUCAACGACCUGUACACGGGUUCGGGCAAGACGCUGACGACAGUGCUGGGCGCGAUAGUUUUUGCCGACAAGCGUCGGGCCGAGAUCGGAGCCAGGGUGCCCUUUCUGAUGCGAGAACAGGUGCACGGAAACUGGAGCACAAGAGUUCAGUGCGCGCUAUCCAAGGAACACCAGAGGUCGCCGAACACCUUCCCAACGUACACGAACGUCAUCGUCGUCAUGUGCGCCAAGCACUUGUUGUCGCAGUGGAAGUCGGCGUGCGCUUCCGCUCUGCACAUUCUCGGCAUGGAAGAAGUGCAGGUGCUGGAGAACCCGCUUCCCGGUUCAACAGAACUGUCCAACGCGAGCCUAAAAGUUUUGCUCCUUCACUCGGCCGCCAACCUCACGAGGCUGGACCUGGAGUUUGUGCCAGUGAUCGUCGUGGACGAGUUCACCAUCAAAUCUACAUCCAACGUCCUCACCAAACCAGCGGAAACAAUGCCGCUGCACGGCCGCAUGAUCCUGGUCAGCGCCGACGCCGGCAACGUGAGAGACAUGAUCCACGGAUCGAACCGCCGCAGCUUUCUGCGCAAGAUGCUGCAGUGGGACGACAUCAGCUACUUCCCGGAGGCGCACAUCGCCAUGGUCGCCGGUAUUCCCCUGAUUUCGGCGUCGGUCCUUCAGACAACGGAUAGGUACGCGGUCGGCGAACUCAUGAUCAACAAGCUCCGGGAAGUCGGCUACGAGAAAUACACGGUGAGGUACACGCCGUCGUUUGCGUCAAGGAUCUUCGGCAGCAACUUUGAGAUGAGCGCAGUCUCUGGAAGCCGUCUCAUAAGAGAAAGGUUCGGUAUCGACCUGGCGGGGACGAAGACCAUCGGCCAGGUCCUGAGGAUCGUCAGCAACACCAUAGACAACCUGCGCACGACGGACGCAAACUCGAGGGCCAUAGCGCCGCUCACAGACCUGAGAAACAAAAUCAGCGCGUUCGUCGGAGAGAAAGAGGACUGCCCAAUCUGCCUAGAAGAGUACGAGAUGGAUUCGGGCGCAAGCCUCAUCAAUCCCUGCUGGCACAUUGUGUGUGACAAAUGCCUUCGCGCCAUGAUGGCCGUGAAGCACGACACGUGCCCGCUUUGCAGAGUCAAGAUGGAAGGACACACCACCGCCGUCAUUGACGACCAAAGUAGUGUCGCGUCGGGUGCCUCUUCUCCUGGUCAAAAUACCAGGAUUGAAACCAACAGCCGCCUCUCGCUCCUGCAAAACAUGGAAGCCGUGCUCAGGCCGACCGCGGGGUUAGAGAAAGCGUGCAUCGACACCCUCAGGUGUAUCAAGGCGGACGUCGGCGACCAACCGUACAAGAUCGUCAUGAUUGUUCCAGACGAACACUUCUUCACAAAGUUCGCCAUCGAUGUGCGCGAAGAGAUGACUGCGUCUCAGAUCGGAAUCAUCGAGUUCAAGACUAUCGGCAACAAGAGGAAACACGUGACCGGAAAAAUGGUCUGUGAUCAGCUCGCGUCCUUCGCGUCCGACCGAGGGCCUCCGCUGAAAAUUCUGUUUACGACCGAGGGCAAGACGGACUCUCUCACGGGGCUUGACUUUCCCAGGGUUGAUUGUAUCUUGUCUUUGGGGGACGGAAACAGCCUGCAGCGGCUAGGUAGGCUUACGCGGCUCCCGCGGAUGAUGGACGAAGUCAGCGCCUCGAAGACUGUGCGUUACAUUUGCCUUGAACCCGUGCCUUGA